GAGCCCGUGUCUCAAUACCCAGAAGCCAUAGCGGUUGUAAGUCGCUUUCCUGCCCUAGCAGCGACUGAGACGUUCGCUUUUCAACAACAGCUUUAUUGUCCGCUGGAUUUCCUUUAAGAACAGGAAGUAUGGAGACGGCGGCGAACUGUUCCCUGAGCGUUAAGCGGCUCCUUUUGGACCCCAAGUUUGAGGGCUACAAGUUGUCGCUGGAGCCGCUGGCCUGUUACCAAGUGGGCCUGGACUCGCCGGUUGCUGAAGUCAGGCUUCGAGAUGAUCAGUAUACAUUGGAUCACAUGCGUGCCUUUGGCAUGUAUAAUUACCUACACCUGGAUCCCUGGUACCAAGAUAACGUUUAUUAUGUGGAUCAGCUUGGAAGAGUCAUGAAUUUAAGCGUUACUCUGGACACUGCCUUAAAAAAACCGAGAGAGAUAUUCAGGCUUCCUGCAGACUUGAUAGCUUGUGAUAACCGCCUUUGUGCAUCAGUACACUUCACAUCUUCCACCUGGGUUACCCUUUCAGAUGGAACAGGAAGGCUGUAUCUGAUUCGAACAGGCAAGCGCGGUGAUGGCUCAUGUGAAAAGUGGGAAAUAUUAUUCAACGAAGACUUUGGGAGCCCCUUUGUUAUUGUCCACAGCAUUUCCUUUCUGCAGUCGGAUGCCCAUGCAGUAGGUGUACUACUACUGCGAGUAGAAAAAGAUGAAUUGGAUAUGCAAGGCAGUGGCUUCCAUGUUUCCUUGGAGUGGGUUACAAUUAUGAAAACUGGUAAGGAAAGUGAUCAUGGGUACGAAAUCUCUAAGCGUCGAGCUCUUCAGGGAAAGUCAGUUCCUCAUUAUGCAGCUAUAGAGCCGAGUGGUGAUGGCCUGAUGGUUAUUUCUUACAAGCCCUACGCACUUAUACAGAAUGGUGGGAACAAGCAUGUCAAAAGUGAAAAGGAGAAGGUAGAAGAAAACAAAAAAGAACCCCUCUACUACUGGCAACAGACUGAAGAUGAUGUGACAGUCACAUUUCACCUGCAAGAAGACUUUGCCAAAGACGACAUCCAUGUACACUUUUCUCCAGGUCGUCUCAUUGUGGCCCUGAAAGAUCCCUUCAUUCCUGUAUUAGAAGGAAACCUUUUUUCAUUGAUUGAUCACGAAAGUUCCACAUGGGUAAUUAAAGAAAAUAAUAGUUUGGAGAUUUUCCUGAUUAAGAAGGAAAUGGGACCAUUAUGGACAGAGCUGAUCAUUGGUGACUCUCAGGGGGAAUAUGUCAUGGAUCCAACCAAGAGUGCCGCAAUAGCUGAACGUCUGAUGCAUCUUACCUCUGAUGAAAUGAAUCCAGACCCUAACAAAGAGAACCCUCCAUGUAAUGCCCAGGAGCUGGAAGAAUGUGACAUUUUUCUUGAAGACAGCACGAGUCUGUGCAGAUUUGAUGGUAACACCUUGAACGUUACUCAUGUGGUAAAUCUUGGAAGCAACCAGUAUCUCUUCUCAACAGUGGUGGAUCCCAAGGAAAUGCCAUGCUUCUGCUUACGCCAUGAUGUUGAUGCUCUUCUCUGGCAACCACGCCCAGAUCAGCAGGACAAGUGGGAGCAUGUUUCAACUUUCAAUGCCUUAGGUUAUGUGCAAGCAUCAAAGCAAGACAAGAAAUUUAUGGCCUGUGCUCCAAAUCACUCCUAUUCUGCCCUUUGUGAGUGCCUGCGUCGAGUAUUCAUUUAUCGGCAACCAACUCCACUGUCAACUGUUCUCUACAACAGAAAGGAGGGGAGACAAGUUGGGCAAGUGGCGAAGCAGUUGGUAGCAACACUGGAAACCCAUGACCCUGUUUUGGGGUUUCAGGCAACAAAUGAGAGAUUGUUUGUCCUCACAACGAAAGUGCUCUUUAUAAUAAAAGUGAACACUGAGAAUUAAUGACCAAGCAUAUCCUCUUAUCACUGUAUUCAGAAUUGGCUCAAAUAAUGACUGUAUAAAUUAAUAGGAAAGUACAAAGGUGUACUGUCAGUACAAAAGCAACAUAUAUUGCACCAUGACCAAAAUGUAUCUUAGUAUGUGCCUGUAUUUAAUAGAUUGAGAGCGAAGUUUUAAGCUUUAUUUUUAAUAAAUAGUUUAUUAUUUGUGCAAAAUUUUUAGAUCUGUUAAGGAAAUACAAGAAAGUUGACAUUUCUCUUUCCAGUGUGCCCUAGUGGCAGAAAUGCAUUUGUGAAAUGGUUAAUGUCCUGCUUUUCCAAAUAGUUUUCAGUCACAGCCCUUUUAAUAAUAGUUGGUUGAAUUUACAUUCUUCAUUUUUCUUUAGCUUUUUAAAUUAAUAAAGCAAUGUCUAUUGGGCUUGCUAAGUCAAAUCAGUUCCCUUAAAAAAAAGAGACAGAUCUACAUGGAAAUUCACCAAAAUAAUUAAAAUGUAAUUUGCAGCUUAGCCAGAAAGGGGUUGGGUUUUUUUGUUUUGUUUUUCCAUUUCUUUUUAAAUGUCUCCACACUUAACACUUACAUUGGCUCAUUGGACAAAUGAUAGUGAACAUGAGCACCUACUUUUCUCUCCUAUAUUUUUUAAAUUGCAUCUUAAGUCUUCUCAUUAUGUGCAAAUGUGGAUUAUGUUUGGGUUCCAGAUGAAAAUCUACAACCAUUUUAGAAAUAAAGUGGAUUUUUAAAAAAGCAAAUAAAUAAAAACAAAGCAAAUGUUA